AUGGCAUUUCUCCGCAGGCCUUCGAAUGCGGGUUUCUCUCUGGGUAAUUGCGCAUUAACUCGAAACAAGGCCCGUCCGCUACUGCUGAGCAGCCCUCUCAUAGGUUCGACGCUGCAAGAUGGCAUUACAGACGAGAAUGGCCCUAAGCAAGCAACUCCAGCGACUAUGCGUUUCUUCACUGCUUCUCUCUCCACUGCCCUGGCGGCGCUUGCCUCCGCCUACACGCAGCCCGACUACUCGAAGCCUCCGACGGGCAACCCUAUCUAUACGCCUGGCCUGAACCAGCAGGUGCCCGUGGGCAGCCCCUUUGAAAUCACCUGGCAACCUACCACUCCGGGAACCGUCUCCCUGGUGCUGCUGCGUGGUCCCAGCACCAACGUGGUGCCCCUCUACGCGAUCGCUGAGAACAUCCCCAACACCGGCAAAUUCUCCUGGACUCCUUCGACCCAGCUGCAGAAUGACGUGACCCACUACGGUCUGCUCCUGGUUGACGACGCCACCGGCCAGUACCAGUACUCGACCCAGUUCGGCAUCAAGAACCCCGGCUCUGGUGCUGCCCCAUCUGCGACCACUGUCGAUGUUGAGGAGACCACCACCAUCUGCCCGGAGACUGAGAGCCCGACUGCUGCCCCGACGCCAUCUGAGACGACCGUUGAAAUCGAGGAGACCACCACCUUCUGCCCGGAGUCGGCGACUGCUACUCCUUCCCCGCAGCCAGUGGUGACUACUCCCUCCUCGUCUGCUGUCUCGACGCCGGCGGUUACCGCUACCCUGACGCCGGCGACCCCGACGCCCUCUGCGACGACUGUUGAGAUUGAGGAGACGACUACUUUCUGCCCGGAGUCGGAGACGGCGACUGCGUCCCGCGGCGUCUACCCCGUUGGCACUGGUAACGCUUCCGUCCCGAUUGUGUCUCCUACCAAGACGCCCUACGUGCCCACCACCCUCAGACCGGUGGUCACCGGCACUGGCUCUGCCGUCCCGCCGAAGUUCACCGGCGCUGCGGACCGCAACAUGGUCAGCUUCGGUGGUGUGGCCGCCGUUGCCGGUGUGGCCGCUCUCCUGGCCUUCUAA